UUGUCCUCUGUGUGCACUUGCAGGUGUCGGAAAGUCUUCGCUUGUUCACCUCUUGUGCCAAAACCAGGUGUUGGGAAACCCCUCCUGGACGGUGGGCUGCUCGGUGGAUGUUCGAAUCCAUGACUACAAAGAAGGGACUCCAGAAGAGAAGACCUACUACAUUGAGCUGUGGGAUGUUGGAGGUUCAGUGGGUAGUGCCACUAGUGUGAAAAGCACACGAGCAGUAUUUUAUAACUUGCUGAACGGCAUAAUUUUAGUGCAUGACUUAACGAACAAGAAAUCAUCUCAGAAUUUGUAUCGCUGGUCUUUGGAAGCACUCAACAGAGAUGUCGCUCCAACAGGAGUGCUUGUGACAAAUGGUGACUAUGACCGUGAACAGUUUGCUGAUAACCAGAUUCCACUGCUAGUAAUAGGAACUAAGCUGGAUCAGAUCCCAGAAACUAAGCGGAAUGAAGUUUUGACCAGAACAGCUUUCUUGGCUGAGGAUUUCAAUGCUGAAGAAAUAAAUUUGGAUUGCACCAAUCCUCGUUACCUGGCUGCAGGUUCAUCCAAUGCUGUCAAACUAAGCAGGUUUUUUGAUAAGGUCAUAGAGAAGAGAUACUUCUUAAGAGAUGGCAAUCAGAUUCCUAGCUUCUCUGAAAGGAAAAGGUUUGGAGGAGGAACACUGAAAAGCCUUCAUUAUGAUUGAACACUGAAGUGGAAGAGGACUGCUCUGAGUUCCUGAGGACAUUCCCGUUCUGACUGGAUGCUUAAAGACAAUAAAGCUUAUGUCAAGCAGAGUAAAAUGAUGUUAC